AUGUAUUUGAAAGAGAUAAUAAUUAAUGGCUUUAAAAGCUACACGCAUGAAACCGUUGUUGAACAGCUCGAUCCAAGACAUAACGUCGUGGUGGGAAGAAAUGGUUCGGGUAAAAGUAAUUUCUUUAGUGCAAUCGAGUUUGUACUUAGCGAUGAGUAUAAUAACCUGCGACAGUCAGAACGCGUUGGAUUAAUCAACAAAGGCGCCUCUAAGACGCGUACAAGCUUUGCGUUUGUUGAGAUUGUGCUCGAAAAGACAUCAAUUCCAUCGGAAAACAAUCCAUCAGAAGUGCGAAUUCGUCGAAUCAUUUCGGCUACUAAAGAUCAAUAUAAACUGAAUGGACGCAAUGCAACACGCAAAGAGGUUGUAGAAACGCUUGAUUCAAUCGGUGUAUCAACCUGUAUCCCGUACUACAUUGUUAAGCAGGGCAAAAUCAACCAGCUGGCAAUGGCACGCCCACCUCAACUGCUGCAAGUGCUUCUCGAGAUUGGAGGCAUACGGGUCUAUGAUGAAAAACUCAAGGAAACCAUGAAACUCAUGCAGGAUGCGGACAAAUGUCUGAACCAAACACGUAUUGAAUGUGCUUCGCUUGCUGAACGGCUUAAGUUUUUAACUACGGAACGAAAAGAGCAGGAAAAGUUUGAACAACUUGAAAAGAAACAACGCAAACUUACCUUUAUGGUGCUCCAAAAACAGCGAACCGUUUCUGCGACUGCACUCCAAGAACUUCGACAAAUGGAAAAUGCAUGGGAGGAGAAACAACGUCUAUACGUACUACAAAAAUCGGAAGCAUUUGAGAAUGCAAAUGUUUUAAAGACGAACCGCAAAGAAAAUCAGAUCGCCCUCAGAAACGCCCUAUCCCAGCAGUCCUGCUUAAACGAAAAACAUUGUUCUCUUCAGAAGCAAAAAGCUCAAUUGGAACUGCAGAUCAAAGAUCUGGAACAUAAACAGUCUUACGAAAGCUACGACCAGAAAAGCAAACAAACGCAGUUGGAUACGCUGGUAGCAGAUAUAGCACAGGUGCAGCAAGACCUGAAACAAGUUUCGGAUGAAUUGAAAUUAACACAAGAACGAAUAGAUGAGUAUAAAAGUCAAUUGCUGAAGAAAAGAGAAAUGCGUAACGAAAUAAUAGACAAACAACGGCGUGGCAUACAAUUUUCCAACCGUAAAGAUCGUGACCAUUUUCUAAAACAAGAGAUCGAUUACGUCCUGGAUCAGAUCGACAAGAAACAUGAAAUUUUGCUGGAAACGGACAAAGAACACGACAUCGUUUUGGUAUCGCUGGAAAGUGAAAAAAAUAAUGGAGCCCAGGAAGAGGCCGAGCUGGCAUUGCUGUUGAAGAAGGAACAAACGUACAAGGAACGCAUAAUGCAGAUAAGAAGCCGUUUGCAAGAAAGUAAGAUUCUGUUGGAGGAACUGUUUGGCGAUGAAAUUAAACUAAAGGAAGACUUGCAAUAUUUCGAAGCGCAACGUACAGAUCAGGAACAAACGAUACGAAAACAAAUUGGAGCUAGAGCUUUUCAAGGAUCGCAAUCAGUUAGCAAGAUAUUAGAUAUGCUUAAAACGCAAGCCGGAGAGAAUCAUCCCGUGGUUAGUGGGUACUACGGUCAAGUUUGGGAAACUUUUCAGUGUGAAGAGGCCAUCUACCAAGCGGUCGAAACAACAGCUGGCAACAAACUGUACUAUCAUAUCGUAGAAUCGGAUACGGUUGCAAAUGAGAUCAUCGCGUUGUACAAUAAGAACAAGUUACCGGGUGAAUUUAAUUUUUUGCCUUUAAAUCGUUUGGAAGCGAAACCACUGGCUGCAACGCGCGAUGAAGAUAAAGCGGUACAAUCUUUAAUUCAUUUGCUCGGGUUCAAACCAAAGUACGAGCUUGCUUUCCGGCACAUUUUUGGAAAAACGUUACUGUGCGAUGGGUUGGAAGUAGCGACAAAUGCUAGCAAGCAGUAUCGGCAGCCGUGUGUCACCAGAGAAGGUGAUUUAAUUUCCAGCGGGACCAUUACAGGUGGCUACCGCGCACCGGGCUCAUCAAAAGUUCGCGAAUUGUUACAUAUGCGCGGAUUGAAUGAAAAGAUUUCUCUGCUGAAAAACAAAUUACAGUCCACAUCGAAACACAUCAGGGAGAUUCAAACAUUUAUAUAUAAUGAUGAAACUCAACGUACAGCAGAGGAAACGAAGCUUCGCAGAUUAUCGCAAAAAAUAGAACAGAUACAAAUACGCGUGAGUACGUUUUCAGAACGAUGUCGUAAGCUGGAAGAGAAAUGCGAGGAGAAGGAACGUAAAAUACGUGCUCUUAAAACUGAUCUGGAAAUUCUAUCAACAAAAGAGAACAGUCUCAAGCGUGAACUUUCUACCCAGUUUGUCAGUGUCUUAUCGGAAGAGGAUGAACUAAUUAUUGCACAAUUAGACAACGAAAUUAGAAUCCUCAAACAGCAGCAGAACGAAGCAUUUAUUGCGGAACUGCAUGUACAAAAACGAAAGCACAAGCUGGAGAACAAAUUAAACUCGAAACUUAUUCCCACGCGUGACGCACUGAUUGCAUCUUUGAAGUGUUUGGAUUGCGCCACACUUAAGCAGCAAAUGGAACUGUAUCAGCAGCAGCAAGAUACGUUGACUGCCAAGAUCAAUUCUCUCCUUCAAGAUAUAACCGUUGCUGAAAAACAAGUGCAUGAAAUGACGGACAAGGAGGAAAAGUUGAUCCAAGAAUUGGAUUAUUGGCUUCAAAAGCUUAAAAAGGCUGAGGAAGUAAUUGCCAUCAAGGAUCCACAUUUGAUAAAGUACGAAACACGCAAAUCGAAAAUAGAACAAGAUAUUUCCCAGUACGCUGAGCAAAUCAACGCACUGGGUGUUUUACCAGCAGUUGAGCCAAUUUACCAAAAAAUGUCAUUACCGAAGCUAAUGAAAGAACUAGACCAGACGAACAGGCAGAUAGGCAAGUUUAGCUCCGUGAACAGAGCAGCAGUUAAUGAACAUAUGAAGGUUUCGCAGGCAUUCAAAGCUUUGAAUCAGAAAUUGAAGGAAACAGAAGAUUCACGGGCACUGCACGAAACAAGCAUUCAACAUCUGCGAGCGCAGCGUGUUGACUGCAUUGAAAAUAUUUUUACCAAAGUGAAUGCAAACUUUAGCGCAACAUUCUCUAAGUUCGUUCCCACCGGUUGCGGAAGGUUGAUCCUGCAAACAACGGACAAUGUCGAGGAAGAGGAAAACGACGAGCACAGAAAUGAUGCCGUACCGGAUCGUUACGUGGGACUUGAAUUGAAGGUUUCGUUUAUGUCUAGCAAGGGAGCAUUGAACGACAUGCAAUCUUUAUCGGGAGGCCAGAAAACGUUAGUGGCAGUUGCACUCAUAUUCGCUCUGCAGCAGUAUAAUCCCGCCCCAUUCUACUUGUUCGAUGAGCUUGAUCAGGCGUUGGACAGCCAGUAUCGCAAGGUGAUUGCCAACGAAAUACACACGCUAAGUGAAAAUUCGCAAUUCAUUACGAUCACGUUUCGGCGAGAAUUGCUGGAACAUGCGGACAAGUUUUUUGGUGUGCGAUACCAAAACAAUUUUAGCCAUAUCGGUCCCGUAUCGAAACAGCAAGCGUUCAACUUUGUCGUCGAUGAUGCGAUUGAAAAGUAA